AAUCUCUGUCACCAAAGAGGCUGCGGCGGCGACAUGGAGAUGACGGCUCGAACUACGUACGACGUGUAUGAGAAGCAGCGGCGGAACGUCCAGGGAUGGAGUAGUGAGUUGCUUGCUGGUGAAGGUGCCAACUUCUCGGAAGCUCCAGACUCAUCGAAGGGCACGAUGGGAAAGGACGUCGUUUCGUUAGAGGUUGCCCGUCCGCCGACUGGAUACCGUUUCCAAGAAGGGUCGAUGUGGGUCAUCGGAGACUGGAGUUACGGCAAAAGCUUCAAGCACAUGGGCACCCGUUCGCGAUCGGAACAACCGCUCGAUACGUGUAGGUGGCGAAAACACACGCGUCAACUGGACAACCUCACCACGGUCGAGUUUGGUCGGGAACCGCACUGCGGAGGGUGCAAGAAGGCCUUCACGUUGAUUCGACGACGUCACCAUUGCCGUGGGUGCCACGUCGCUAUAUGCAAGGACUGCUCUCGUAAAGCCAUGGACACAUCCAACUUGAUGGCGAAGGCCCAGUGGUUCUGUCUGCCGUGUCUUGAUUCAAACCCCCAACUGGACGUCCAGGAAGGUGGCGGUCGCAGGCUCAUGCGGCGCAUGUCGCAGGCGCCUCCGCCGAUGCUGAGCCGCAUCGAGUCCAUGCCUAAAACCAUGAAGUUCUGCAUUGAGUGCGGGUACGAGUUGCCGCCCCACGUCAAGUUUUGCAUCGACUGUGGUGCGGGUCAAACCACAUCGCGAGAGUCCAGCGCGGAUGAUCUCCUUCGCAUGUCCAACUUUCUCGCGCCAGAUCACGCGCAGCUGGCAGGUCCGUCCGCGGGGCUCACUUCUCUCGUCGAAGAGAUAGCACAACCACCUCCGUCGCCGCUCGUCGCCACCUCGCCAACACCCACACAGGCCGAAGACGAAGCGCUCAAGCUGGAAAACCAACGACUGCAGGAAAUGGUCGAAAAACUACAACGAAAACUCGCCCGCACGGAAGCCAAGGCACUGGCUAUCACGGAGGAGCAAGCUCACAUGAUUGCUACACUACAACAGCAAGUUCAAGAUGCCCACACUAGUGCUGCGGUUGCAGCGACCCCCGCUACACCCGCGACCGGUGCUCCAUCGCCGGUCGCGGCAUCCACUGGUGCAAUGCUUACGAUGAAGGAGCUGCCGGAAUACGCCAAGUUUUUCAAACUGUUGUCCAUGGGCCUUCCCCCCGAACAAGUAAAGAUGAAGAUGCAACAAGCAGGGGUCGACCCGAACGUUCUCGACACUCCCGACGCCCCCAGUGGAAAACUCGCCGAAGGUGCCGCGCCCAUCGCUCCGGCAUCAGAGGGGCAUCCAGACUAUGCCAAGUACUUUAAACUGGUCAAGAUGGGGAUGCCGUUGGAGCAAGUCAAGUUGAAAGCGUCGGCCGAUGGAAUGGAUCCGUCCAUGUUAGACGGCUCCCCUCCAGCGGCCCCCGCGCCGAUUGCCGCACCCGUGGCGGAAGAUCCCCCCGAGAUGGCCAAAUACAAGAAACUGCUGAAAAUGGGCAUGCCGUUGCAGCAAGUGCAGCUCAAAAUGCAAGCGGAAGGUCUCAAUCCGGCGCUGUUGGACGGCACUUCGUCAACGUUGCCUGUGCCCAACGGAGUGACCAAUGCCCCCCCGAAGCAAGUCGACCUGAGCCAGAUCCUCAAGAAGUCCAACUCGGUGAAAAAGCCCGACGAGCCUGUGCUGCCCAAAAAGGAAAGCGUCAAGCCAAACGUGGACAUGCGCGCGCUAUUUUGGACUCGAAUUCCCGUCAACGUUGUGCAAUCGACUGUGUGGAAUACGUUGAGCGAUACAAAAGUGCCUCUCGAGAACUUUGACUUGGAAUGGAUGUUUCGGAAAAACCCGGACGCGACCAAGAAGCCCGACGACGACGCGUUCAAGAAGAAGAAGGAAAACACGGCUGUCCUGUUGCUCGACUCAAAGACGCAGCAGAAUGUCGGGAUCGCGAUUGCUCGAUUCAAGUUGAGUCCGGCUGAAGUCAAAGCUGGCUUGCUCUCAAUGGACAAGGACGCGAUCACGGUCGACCACUUGAGCUCGCUGAUUGCACUCGCACCGACGCUGGAAGAGCAAGACAUAUUGAAAAACUACGAUGGCCCGGUCGAUGUCCUUGGUGGCGUCGAAAAGUUCUUUUUGGAAAUGCUCAGCAUUCCCCGGUACACGCAACGGAUCAAGUGCUUUCGGUUCUCGCUCCAAUUUGAACAUCGCGUGCUCGAAAUCCAGGCCCAAGUCGAUACGCUCAGCGCAGCUACCGACCAGAUCGCCGACUCGACAAAGUUUCGCGCGAUUCUUGAAACGGUCCUGGCCAUUGGGAAUUACAUGAAUGGAGGAACGGCGCGCGGCGGCGCGUACGGGUUCAAGCUGGACGCGCUGGCCAAGCUCCACACAGUGCGUGGCAUCGACCCGAAAGUCAACUUGAUGCACUAUUUGGCGCGGCACUUGGAGGAGCACCAGCCCGACUUGAUUUCGUUUGUGACGGAGGUGCCGCAUAUCCCCGAAGCCAAGCGGCUGUCGCUCGACCAAAUCAAAGCAGACAUCAACAUGUGCAACUCGGAGCUCACGAUGCUGCAAGGGCAAGUGCAGGCAUCCAAGAACGACUCGAAUCCACUGGACCAAUUCUACGCCAAGAUGGCGCCGUUCGCUCGAGAAGCCGCCGAAGUCAUGGACGAAGUCACGCGAGAAUUCGCGGCCGUCGAGUCGGCCUUCACGGAAUUGGUCGGGUCGUUUGGCGAGGACGCGCGCAAGUUUGGCGCCAUGGAUUUUUUUUCCAUCUUGGACGAGUUCACGACCGAAUUGAAGAAAGCGUUCCGAGCCAACCAGUCGAAAGAAUUCGCGACCGUGUGGGACUCGACUGCCAAAGCACGCGAGCAAGCAAAACUUGCCCAACGCGAAAAAGAGUUGUCGGAGAAAUUGUCCGCUGACCAGGCCAAGGCGCUGUAUGGCGGCGUGAUCUCGACGCUACACCAUCGGUGUCGCGAGUUGAACCUCGACGCAGCGGCGGCCGUCGAUUCAUUCAAAGUGCAGAGUCGAAAGUACGGCAGUGGCGAGCUGACGGCCACCGCUUUCUGCGACUUUAUCGUCAACACGUACGGGGCCAAAGUCGCGCUACAGAUCCUGCCCAAUUGCGCCAAACUCUUGAGCGAACCAACCAAGCGCCUGCAGCUCGAAGCGACGGUGGAAGCCAAGAAGGAGACAUGGGAAGCGGCACUGCCCCUCUUUGCAGACACAACGCCCCCCGUGGCCCCGCCCGCCGAGACUGACGACCACCACGACUCAUUGCCCAUCAGCAGCGCCAACCCCGUGGGGAAGCUCCGCAUCAAGGACAUAACGCCAGUCGUCGGCGAUGAAGCGCGGCAACUCCAGCGGUCGAUCCUCGAAUCGAUCCACACCAUUUUCGAGGGCGACCCCGUUCAAGUUAAACUCUUCACGGCCAACACACGCAAGUUUGGCAACCAGCAAAUGCCGGCCAAGGAAUUCUACGCAUACCUGAUUGCCACGUUCGACGGCGACUUUGUCGCGCGCCUAGUUCCCGACCUAGCUCGCCUCCUGGACGAUGCCGAGAAGCGGCAUGCGCUGCUCCAGGCGCUGUGUGAGAGCGCGCCAGGAUGGCAGCGGUUCGCCGGUCGCGCGUAGUAGUCGAUGCCAUCCGUGGACGUCAACAUGGAUGAACGGGAAUGGUCGUUCCCACCUGAUACGAAUGAAGCGACCAGACAACUCUGUUGGAAUAGAGGCUCGACCCGACGUCUGCGAGCUCUCUCGCCGAGCCAAAUCACCGCUCGACUGUGUUCUUCAAGCAACUUCCGCGGGCAACCAGUCCACAGGUCGACCGACGUAGCUGUCGCUAGUCAUCCGAGUGCAUAGGCCAAACCUAGAGCUGCUGCCAUGGUCUCGUCGAGCGAUCUUGGCGUGGAGUUCGGCCGCGACCGCGGAGGCUUUCGAAUAACCCUGUGCUCCCCAUCCUCAACACCCGGUAGUACAACAGUGGGCCGGUCGCAACACUCGCCCUCCUGACAUCUCGAUGGCAUGGCACCACGCGC